UACCAGGAAGACGCAGAGAACCUGGGGUUACGUAUGAUCAGCCUUUGGGAUUCCCCUUCUUGAAUCACUAUUGUAGGAAGAGGGGUGAAGAGGCCAAGAAAGGAGGAAAUCCUUUCAUCCCAGGCAACUACAUCGGCAUCUGUUUACCAGAAUGGACAGUCAGGAGGUGGGGGAUUUACUGGAGGACUGCCUCAGAGCAGCAAAAGCAGCUGAACACUCAACACAGUCCAAUGAGGCAGAGAGGCUGAACUACUGCAGCUGCAGAGACCUGCUGUGUGCAGAGCUGGCGUCUCUCCUGCAGGAGGCCAUGGAGAUGAAGUGGCCUUUCGUGCCUGAGAAGUGGCAGUACAAGCAGUCAGUCAGUGCCAAUGACAAGACCAACCUUAGUGACCUCAUCAGCAAGCACCUACCUCAGCUACUGGCUGUUCUGAAGGCAUCCAUCAUGGCUCAGGAUGCACACAUGGCACUGGCGGUGGUCUUCUUAGUGGACCGAUUCCUCUACUGGACAGACGAGUCCAGUCGGCUGCUGAAGAUCACCAAGCUGCUCCACAGACGCCAUCCUGACACCCCUGUGGCCCCUCAGCUGGUUAUACGACAGGCCAGGGUCUACCUUAACUCUGGCAAACUGCAGAAGGCAGAAUACAUACUGAGCAGUCUGAUUAACAAUAGUGGGGCAACAGGUUGUUGGGUGUACCACUCUGAGAGUGACAGGGCUCUUGUGCAGGCUGUUAGUGUUCAAGUGCGUGGAAUGAUUUUGCAAAAGCUAGGCUUGUGGCUGGAGGCUGCAGAGCUAAUCUGGGCUUCUUUGGUUGGUUACUAUGCACUACCUCAACCUGAUAAAAAGGGCAUUGGAACUUCCCUUGGUAUACUGGCCAACAUAUUGGUGUCUAUGAAUGAUAAAGACUUCCAUGCUUUCAAGUCUAAUGCAGACAAAGAUUGGUCUUUACUUGGGGACAGGAGUCAUCGUCUUCUUUCAGCGGCCGAGGCAGCUAAAAUGGCAGUGGUGUACAGCCAGUACACUUCCCUCUAUGUGUUGACCCAUGUGGCAACUCAAGGAACCUGCUUUUUAUCAUACAGUUUCUCCUUGGAGUGUCCUUCCACUGAAAGGCAGUCAUUCCUCCUGCAGGCCAGAGAGGCAUUUGCAAUCGGUCUACUCACCAAAGCAGAGGGCGAGCUUGUCACCAGCAGGCAGGAGCUUCACACCUUCCUCAAGGCUGCAUAUUCUCUCGCUGUCACUCACAAAUGGCUUGGCACUCCUUCAGAGGUUGUGGUGCAGGCAACACAAGCUUGCCAAAAAGCUUUAUCGCACUUUUAUGAUUACUGCCAUGCAGAUACCCAAGACAAAGAUAGCCUUUGUGCUGAAAUCCUGCGUCUGAUUGCCCAUGUCAAGCUUCUCUUGCGAGUGGAGCCAUUCCUUAAUUCAGACAAGGGAUCUUAUAUCCCUGACAGCUACAGAAACAUCAGAGACAGAUCGGCUAAUUUCACUUUAGAAGGUUUCUCAAAGGUGAUGCAGAGAUUUCAGAAGUAUCAUGCAUCACUGUGUGAGACCACCAACACACACUGUAAGGGGGCUAAAGAGGAAAUAGAUGGACCAAGGCUAUGUAUAACUGCACUGGGGACGACCAUUGGUACACUCAACACUGACUGCAGCACUGAAGCCUGCAAAGUGUCAAAGGAUGCACCCAAAGGAAAGGAGCCACAACAGAGAGUUUCAAAUUCAACUGCUUUGAAUCCACUUCAAAAGUCUGAUCUGUGCAGCACUCUUGGAAGCACAGAUAACCUUGGCUCUUCAUGGCAGAACCUCUCCUUGAAUAGUUCAGGGUCUCCUCGGCCCAGCAGCAGCGGCUACACAGGGAGCAUCGCCAUUGUAGCGUAUGGGAGCAAUCUGAGCUGUCCGACCACUGAGGUUGAUGAUGACAAGUCAGACAGCAUGCUAGAAUUUACUGAUAAAAACCAGAAGCGAGAUUUACAAGGUUGUACCUCUAGUGUCACUUCCUGUACAGUCCUGAGACCUGCAGUACUUGCCACUUCCUCCUCUAAUGCAAGCAGUGAUUUAGACAAGUUUGAAGUGCUAGAAGCUGCAAUAGAGACACUGGGUAGUGAGGAUGAUUGGAUGACUGAUAGUGUUGGUGUGUCACUGAAACCUUCAGUAGCUGAAGGAGCAGCACAAUCCUUAUCCAAACUUACUCUCAGAACAUCCUCCAGCUCUCUCAGUGACAGUUUCAGUUCUGAGUCAUCAUGGGAGAAAAUCUCAGUUGACCUUAACUCUCCCACAAACAGAAAACCUCAGGCAACUGGCUUCGCAAAAGCAGGAACUGGCCAAAGGAGCAAGUCAACAGAGUCAGAUGGGAGCUUCUUUCUCAUGGAAACACUUGAUUCUGAAACCAGUGAUACAGGUCCCAUGCACACAAACCACUCAUCCAAGCCUCAACCUCUGGAGAGCCUUAAUGUGAACACUCAGAAUGACUCUGUUACUGAAAAACCACCUACCAACAACUCUUUAACAACCCCACACUCAAACAUUGCUCAAUUUGUCCCAGAACAGUGUGCCUCCACUGAAACCUCCACAGAGAGCUCAAUCGAGAUGCUGGAGAUGAAUCCAAGUGGACACCCGUGCAAUGAGGUCACUUGUACAGAAGAAGUGAAUGUCCCUCAGAGGAAGAACCCUUUGUGCUACAGCUGCUGUAAGCACAGCACUGUUGGCGAUGUUGCUCCUGAGAGAGAGUAUUUCUUGUCACAGCAGGAUUACCACAGCUUUCUGGCAGGAGUUUGCCAUGAAUGUCUGCUGAAGAGAUUGCACAGUGAGAAGACACAGUUCAAACUCAAGAAACACAGAAUGGCCUAUAGUGCCCUUCAUUUAAAGUUCUCCAAAGCCACAGGCCUGUGGACAGCCAGGGAGACCUGUGUUUACAUCGGAGAGCCAAUGGGGCUGCAGGGCAAGCAGAGGGCUGCCAUAUGGGUGCAGUUUUUACACCAGGAGGAGAGGUUAAGCAGUUAUGUGGGAAAAGAUUACUUGAAGCCAAAGCAGAUCCAAUUUCACCUGAAAGACGUGGAAAGACAGAUGACAGCCCAGUACUAUGUGACUGAAUUCAAUAAGAGCCUCUACGACAAGGAAGUCAUGGCUCAGAUCUUCUUCAUCCCCUCUGAAGCAUUAUUGAUUAUGAAUGGGAAUGAGAUAGUGGGAUGUGUAACUGUUGAGCCCUUCAUGCUUGGAGACUUUGUCAAACUGACCAACAACACUGGAAAGAAGGACAAGAGUUUCCAGGCCACAGAAUAUGGUCUUGCCUUUGGACACUUCACCUACUUGUUCUCUGACUGCCAGGAAGUUGUUGUAGACCUGCAAGGGUGGGUGACAGCCAAUGGCAAAGGGCUGACCUACCUCACUGACCCCCAGAUCCACUCCACCAAGAUCCCCAAAGGCCCCUCCAACUUUGCUGACAGGGGCAUCAGGUACUUCCUGGAAGAGCAACAUGGACCGGAGUGCAAUGGCAUUUGCCAGCUGCUUAAACUAUGUCCAGUGGUCUGACAGCCACAUGUUCUUCCUCAGAAAAAGUUGCUGUGUUGAGUGUCUUGAUAUGUGUGUGUUUGUGUUCCCAAAUCUUAGAGCCUUUGAUACAAGGGUUUACAUAUUUAGGCUUAAAUGUACUUUUGUUUUGUUAGAAUCAAUGUACUGUAUUUCAUAAUAAUAUUAACUCACUGAUUUAAAUUGGAAAUAUUUAUUGUAUCAUAUUAUUAUUAUUGUUGUUGAUUUUUUUCAGAUACCUAAUCUUAGAAGACUUAGAAACAAAACAUAGCAGUAUAAUUUUGUUCUUUGGUUUAAUAGUCAUAGGGGUCGCUUUGUGUGGUUUUACAUUUUAAAGCUGUAAAAUGUGAAAGUUUUCUCAACUGGAUUAUCUUUUCUGCUCAAUACUGGUGUUUACAAAUCGGUGUGCGAUGUAUGCAGACACCAGUUGAAUUUCAUUUAAGAGAAUUAUGAAUGUAGAUUAACUAAAUUCUAUCUGUGGUGCUAAAUAUUUAAACUUAUGUGCUAUUUAAAUUAUCAUAUCUGAUGGUUGUGGGUAGAGAGGUUAUAGACAGGUGAUCUGUAACACAAGCUAAAUUGUAUUUCUGUUUGAGUAGUUACUCUCCACUGCAUUGUAUAAUAUAAAAUACUUGUGUUAUUUUGUUACUGACAUGUUUGACAUUUGUUCUCAGUGUCUCCACAUGGCUGGAUUGUUGUCUAACUGGAUCGUCAGUGUAGGAAUCACCUGACAGAUUGACAAAUCAUGUGUUUCCAUCAGCAGCAUUGUUUAGAUUAGUCUUUUCAUUGCUGCUGUUAACACCCACAUAUUCAACUUACACAAAUAAAUGUUUCCACUAAUUUUUACUUCAAUAACUAACAGAGAAGUAACCUUGUACACAUGCCAACAUUGGUAAUAUAAAAAAGUGUAUAAAAUGUAAACAGGUUGCAAAUGAAUAAGAUAAAGCCUUUUUUAUUCAAGAAAUUGUAUUUUUGGAUUAAUUUGGUGCAUCACAAAAUAGCAAAGACACUGUAAGACACUGUUGUGUCACUCUCUUUCUGUGUGCAUGUGUAGUCUGUCCUCUUUCCAGGUCUCCAUGGUGAUGGAGGUCACAUGGCUCAGGUCCUACUCCAUUUGGCGGCACCUGGAAACUGCUCAGCGUCCUCUUGAUCACAUUCCUCAUAAAUCCAUUAUAGUUUUGUCAUCCUGUUUGUCCAUGCUGUAUUUGUGUAAUUUGUGUUCUAUUCUGUACACCCAACAUCUAUUGACUGUCUCUCCUGGGAGAGGGAUCCCUCCUCUGUUGCUCUUCCUGAGGUGUCUUCCA